GAUGACGAGUUUCGCAAUAUCGUGUUCAAAGAACCAAUCCCGAAUAAGAAAAUGAAGAAACAUUUAAUCAAAACUGAGGAUGUGCCUAAUGAGGGGAGCUGUCGUGUGUUGUGUUAUAUGGACCCCAACUGCGUGUCCAUCAACCUGGGACCAUUUAUCCAAGGAAAACACAUAUGUCAGUUAAACAAUGCUACAGACAAAAGUCUCGCUUAUGAAAAAGGUUUCACUCACCUUGCCAUUGAGGUAACGAGCACAUUUGAUUUAUCUCUUUGGGCUGUUCUGUGGUACUUGAGUGCAGAUAGGUUCUCUAUCUUCGAAGAAUGCAUUUUUUGGACUUGUUUAUCUUCCAUAUUACCAUGGUGAUCAAAGCGUACUUAAAUAUCAGGUGGCUACAUCACAUCCUUUAAGUUAUUGCACGAACUUCCAGCACAGUGGAUUAAAAAAAAUUGUAAUAACAGUAAUUAUAAAAAAUUCCCAAGAAUUAAUCUUCCUUCCCUGAAGCUCAUAGUGAUUCCUUUAAAGUAUUUUUAAAGCUAAAAAAAUCGAUAUGAAAGUAGAAAAUACUUAAACACAUAUUCUACCGUUGACGGACGGAAUUUAUGAUAGGAAGACUAGGUAAUUUCAAUUAAACGUUUAAGUAAUUUGGAAUUGUGAGGGUUUUGUAUCGCAGCACUUUGUAAUUAGCCCACGAAACUUGCAUAUCUUUAUCAAUUACGCACGAAAUUUGCUUGUGAUUAAUUUUCACCGGCUCCUUAACACACUUUCCUUUUUUAGAAUUUAGAAAUGUUAUCAUGACAACUUUGGUUAUAGGUUUAAAGGAACGUGCUUUAUUUUAUAUUUCUUAUUGAUCAGAACCAUUGUGAUAGCGGCCCAUGUUUGAAUGGAGGCACCUGCCAAGCUGGUUUCACAAGUAAAGGUUUUCGGUGUAUCUGUCCAGAAGAAUUCAGCUGAGGAGAAGUUUGCCAAGGUAUUAAAGGUGAUGAUAUGGUCAAAAAUUAAACUCUCUCGGACCUAAUGAAUAAAAGGGGUAAGUUUUUAAAGAAACUGUGGAGCAGCGUCGGUGGGAGAGUAUAACAGGAUUGUAAAGUAUUAUCAACUGAGUUGAUAACGUAAAAAUUGGUGACUGCAAAGAGUUUUAAAACUGACCUUUCGUGCGUUAGCCCUGCGUUAGAGCGAAAACUAAGUCAUUUCAUAAAUUUUGCGUUUAAUUGUUUUAUCGUAAGUAAGGUGUGUUUACUUUCUUGCCUAAGUUCCUUAUUUUGGUCAUCUUUAUAAUCACCUUUUUUAAAUUACAAUUCUUUUGAACCGAUAUUAUUUGGAAAACACUUCUGUGUCUGAAUUUACCAAUUUUUUUAAUUGCUCUCAUCAGUUCCAAUCCAUUCAUUACUUUGUUGUUUGUUGCAUAAUGUACGCGAUUAGUAUUUUUUAUUUCUAGUUUUCAGAAAUUGCGCUGAAAUUUUUAAAUCAGGCCAAAAAAGAGACGGUGUGUACGUCAUCAAACCUGACAUCCAGUCACCUUUUGAUGCCUUCUGUGAUCAAACAACGGCCGGUGGAGGAUGGACGGUAUUCCAGAAAAGAAUCGACGGUUCCGUUGACUUCGACCGCCGCUGGAGCGAUUAUAAGCAUGGCUUUGGAAAUCUCAAUGGCGAAUUUUGGCUCGGCUUAGACAGGAUUCAUCGCCUGACUUUAGAUAAUAACAGCAUACUACGAGUAGACAUGGAGGACUUCGAAGGGGAAAGUACUUAUGCCGAAUACAGCUUGUUUGGUGUCAGGAGUGAACAUGACAAGUACCAGUUGAUCCUUGGUUCUUAUAACACAGCAGGUGACUAAAUUCAUUUAAACGCGCAAUGUGCAAAAAAGCUAACAGCAACAAUUUCAGCACAAACAAAGACGGAAAUGUUACUACUUGAAUAAGAGACAGAACAUCUUUAAGGAAGCUAAGAAAGUCCUAGACCCAGCGGUUUAAAAAUUGUUCACGUAAAACGAAAUGCGAUAAUGGUUAAUCAUUUAGUAAACAAUUCAGAUGAUCUCUGAGAUAUUUCUUUUUCAUUUUCCCUUCCCAGCCUUAUAUUGAUAAAAAAAAGAUAUUGAAGUGUUCUGAUUCUUGAGAGGAGAAUAAUUGAGAUAUGUUAUUGACCCUUCCUUAUUUUGGGUGAAAAAAGAAAAAGAAUCGCAGAAGGAGGAAAAGCUGACAGAGCAAACGAUAAAACCAUAACCCCCCCAAGUUGUCUGGAUCCGCCACUGAAGAAAGUAUUACUUCUACCACUGAGGAAAUUAUAACUUUUAAAUACUUUUUUUGCUUUGGUAAAUUUCUCAGGAACCGCUGGUGACUCCUUCUCUUACCAUCAUGGCUGUCCAUUUACUACUCCGCAUGAAGACAACGAUUUCGGUUCCGAUGGAAACUGUGCCCUCGCGUACCAUGGUGGCUGGUGGUUUAAGUGGUGUCACGAGGCUUUUUUGAAUGGUCCUUACAAUGGGCCUAACUCUGAUUACGGCGAAGGCGUUAUUUGGAAAGGUUUUAAAGGUUAUCAUUAUUGAUUGAAGAGCUCUCAGAUGAAAAUAAGACCUCGAGACUUUUAAGCUGCUGAUUAAUAGUUAUCUCUUACGUAGCACUGAUUUUGUGCUGAAGCGUUUUCGAACACAGCACACGGUUUGAUUCAAUAUUGUUAGCGAUAUAAAACCAAAGGUGAAAAAUGAAGCACCGAGAUGACCAUAAGACUAAGAGUCUUUUGAGUUGGACUGAAGUUCCUCUUACUUAGCACACAUCAUGUCUUAAACUUUUCUGAACUCAGCAAACGCUCUCACUCAGUAUUUUAGUGACGUAGGCAUAGAUAUUACAAAGCUUGUACCCGAAUUAAUUUUCGAGUUAGUUAUUUCCAAUCCAUUUCAAUCUUCUCCAUCCUUAGCAAUACUCGUUCGCUUUUGGCAAUUCUCGUCGAUUUUGUUAUUUUCCCGUCUUACCAAACUCAUAUUUUUUGGUUUUCUUGACGCCAAAGCUAAUUUUGCACAUUAUACAAGGCGGCUGUUUCAAGCUUAUCACCGAUUUAAAAUCCAUGGCAAUCCUCUCCAUCUUCCUCAUCGUCAUUUGUUUUGGGUUGAUUGAUCUCGGUGUUUUUCUAUCUCACUAAAUUAAUAUUUUUUAGUUUUCUCCAGACUAAAAGCUGGUAAUUUACACAUUCUACAAAACAGCAAAAAUUUGUUAAGUUUAUCAUCAUUAAUUAAUUAUUCAAGUUUGUUUUAUUUGGUUUUUCUACACAGGCAAGCAAUCAUUACUGCUUACCUUAUUUUUUGAGUUUCAACUGACAUCAAUUUUCAACGAACGCAAAAUAAUUUCUGACGCAACUUGUCAAAUGUUCGGUCCAAACCCAUCCGUUUUCUUUGCGAUCAUUACGCACUAACUAUGACGCAAAGACACAAUAUUUGUUGCAUGUCAACAAAGCGUUAGCGUCUUCCGUCUUAUCCUGAAAGAUUUUACUCUAGUAUGACGUAAUUGGAACACUCAGUUUAAAAUAUAAAUAUGCUUGUUGUGUAUCAUGCAUAUAUCUCCAAAAUUAGCAUCCUUUCAAGCUUCGGAAAAAUAAAUGAAAUGAUUUUGUGGAAAAAUAUUCUAUUUGCGAAAUUUUAGAAAUGUUUGAACAUUUUUUGAGAGGACAGUCAUUAAUUAUGUGUUUUUGCUAAAAUGCAAUACAACGGUAAAAUUAAUUUUAGUUAUAAUGUGUAAACGUGCUCAGGUUUAUGGCAGCUCACUGUUUAUCUUCAAAUCUUUGUGACCACGAAAUUCUGAAUAAACAAACAUUGCAUACUUUAAUUCUAAGCUCAAAAUGGACUGUAUAUGUAAUAGUUACGCACUUCAACUUAAGUGUACUUGAGCUGAGCGGGAGCAUAAAUAAAAGUUAACUUUUAUUUCCGAAAUGUUUCACCUCAGUUAACUCCUACAUUUCUUUUAUUUCCUCUCUGUUACAAUUAUCCGACGAUCAACCUUUCCUGUGUCGUCAUUUCCUAUUGAAAUCGAAAUAUCACAUCAGUAAGCCGGUAUCUGCUAUUAAACGAUUUAGUAUCAAUCACCUCCUCCUCCUCCCUUGAAAAAGAAGGAAAGAGAGGAAACUAAUGAAAUUCUUAACCCUUUUACUCCCAGAUCAUAUUUGUCUUUCUUCUUACUGUCAACCAUACAAUUCUUAUAAUGUUGGUUCAGAGAAUUUAGCAUUGGGUCAGCUAAUUAUCUUCAAAUUGAUAUUUUUUUUAUUCUCAUCACUUAUCUGGUUGAUAUUGUAUUGGUAUUGAAAGGAGAAAUUAUAUCUUGGUCACUCAUAGGAGCUAAAGGCUUAAUUCGUUGAAAUUUCUCAGUUAUUGGUUGGUGGUAAUCUAGAGUGAAACUCUUUACUUCUUUCAGCAUUCAGAUUUAUUUUUCUCUUAUAAAGUCAACUUUCUCUUUGAAAACAUAUUCUUUAAAGCUUGUUCUCACCUGCUCCUUGACCAGAAAUGAUUUACAGCUUAAAACAACCUUAUUUAAAUAUUUGGAGGAUGCCAACGGUUUUUCAGUCUACACGUAAUAGCAGUAAGCAAAUUUAAAGGAAACGUGUCGGGAAGCUCCCAGUCUCUGAAAAAUUCCUCUUGUAAAGCUCCAGAUAACAGCAGCUGUGUUCGUUAGUUGACACAAAAAAAUUACUGCAGGGUUUCUAGGAAAACAUUAACAAUCUGAGGAAGGAGUGUGGUCGAAAUAGUAACUGUUACUGAACCAACUGUAAGACGAAGAAUAAAUAUAUGUUAUUUGCCGGUUGAGAGGUCCGUACGGUGAAAAACUGUGACCUCGGUCUUGAAAAUACUGCCCGAGGCCGCAUUUUCAAGACCGAGGUCACAGUUUUUCACCAUACCGACCGACCCUUAGCCGGUAAAUAACAUAUUUAUUUUUUGAAACUUUACGAAAUUCUUUCUGAAAGAACCCGAAUGAUUUAGGGCUGUAAAUACGGCAAGAUCUUCCAUAAACUGAACAGUUUUUGAGCCAGUAACUGGUAGUUAAAAUAGAGGUGAUGCAAAUUCAAGAGAGAUGCCUCAGCGAUACAUUUUCAUUUCCGUAACGAUAAUUUAAAAGGCUUCCAAAAAAACUUUGAAACAUUAUUUUUACAAGUAUCUGUCACGAACUGAUACCUGUCAAUUAGACAGCGGUAAGUAAAAAAAAAAGCGUAAGAACAUUUGAAAAACAACGGAACUAGUUUGGCAAGGACUGUCACGACAAUGUUUUCUUCAAAAACAGUCAAUGAUCUAACUGAAAGUAUUAUUCACUCUCACCAACGAUUCAUUCAUGUACGAAUAUUUAUCCCUUAUCUUUGAGUAAUCGGCGAGGAAAGUAAUUGUGAGUAAAUUCAAUUUUUUUUUAUUUUGAAGUUGUGAGAGUUUGCUCGUUUGUUUGCUGCAAUAGCGUGUGUAAGUCUGGUCUUUCCUUCACAAAAACUAAAUUCGAAUGGCACACUCCAACGAGACACAAGGGCUUUAAUGAGGCCUUUUCUCAAAAAAUUCGUUCAGUAUCUGUUGUGCAAUUUACGGUACAAAUGUGACGCUGUUGUUUAUACAAAUUCAUUCUGAAACCAAUAUUUUUCUGUCAACCAAAGUGAUUUGAGUGAGAGAAAAGAGAGGAUUCAUAAGUUAUUCAUCGGCUUGAGAUAGUAAACGACGUGUUCGCUUAAAAAUACUGCCCAGCCGGAAAAACGAAUUUCAAAUCAGCUUAGGGUUUUACGUUCACAAACUUAUAAAGUGACACUACUAGUUAUUAAAGGAUAGCUGUUGUAUAAAUCUUUAGUCUUUCUCUUGGUUAAUAUGAGCUGCGAGAGAAAUUCGAAAUAUUUCAAUUCCUAACCAUAAGUCUAGAAAUUUCGAUUUUACUGAAUUUUCCUUUAAAUGACUUUUCGAACCUGAAAUUACGUUAUUCGGUGAAAAUUAGAAAAAGCAAACCAUGAUACUGGGAAAUUUUUUAUAACCAAUCGCAUGGGAAUCUCCAAGUAGUUUUAUUUAAAGUUCAGAUAUAGCGCGCAGUCAUUGGUUGAAAGAGCGUGUUCUAUCAGAGUACAAAACAUAGAGCUGAACUAAAGCUGUCUAACCAUUUACCAUGUCCGACCUUUUUCCCGGACUUCUAUCUAGCUUUUUUUCGUUCAUUAGAAGUGAAAUUUCGGAACAAGCGAGCCGGAAAGUAGCUAUAGAAGAACCAAAUAAAAGAUUGUAAAAAUGCAAAGCCGUAAUUUACGUUUCUAUACCGUGAGUAUAAAUUGCUUUCAUCUCCCUAACAACACCUGUUGGAGGUAUCAUUAAGAGUAAAUGUCAGUAAAAAUCAAGGAAAAUUCAAAAAACGUGGCCACGGUCAAAAAAUCGAUUGCGCUCAUACUUUGUCAGUUUGAAGGCCUAGGUAAGUAACUGAAGGAUAUGAGGUUAGUUUUUUGAAAUAUUCCAUAGAACGGCAGAAAACCACGAAAAACGGUCACCCUACCGGAAGCUCGGAUUUCACCUGGCGGAAACUCGAAAUUUUACACUUUUCAGCUUCUCGCUACACAGACGUUUACAUAGCUGUGAUCUUUCUUAAGUAUAAUUGAAUACAUUGAUUCUUCCUUAGUCAAACCAUGGGAAUUAUUUUUAUCUCUGCUUAUUUGUGAGCGAACUGAGACCCGAUUAAGAAGACACACUUUUCUCAUUUACGCGAAGGUGUAAAAUAAUCCAAACUCAGCGACGAAAAAAGCUGACCGGUAGUUCUUCAAAUCCUCUGAUAUUAUAACCAAAGACAGCUCAGUCAUUGAUUUUUAGGUCUACGGUUUUAAAUCUUUAGGAUCUAGUAGCACUUUUGCACGAACGCCGAUCAAAAUUCGAUAACAUUCCAAUUGAGCGCCUUUGAAAUCUACAACUCUACAUAACAAAGCACUAUUGAAUAAAUUAACUCCUCGGCCAAAGUUUGUACAUAAAACAUAAGGGUUUUGCUUUUUUAGCGGUUUGAAGCGUUUUAAAAAAAUAUAUUAAUGUUAAAUAUUGUCUACACAGGUAAAACAAACUAUGAAACACCAAAAUUACCACGAGCUGAAAUUAAAUCUCACAGGCUCGCUCCCUAAUCUGCGUCACGCACGAGCGACUUAGCUACAAUUAGUACAGUAACAAACAGAUAUUUACAUCCGUUGAUUUUAAAUAAGUCGUAUUUUUAAAAUAUCUUACUCAAAGAUGUGCCAGGUUUCCCAGUUAACUUGCUGAAAAAAAAAGAAAACCUUAAUAGUAAUUCUAGCUCAAUAAUAAUUGAUUUUAUUUAGUUUGAGAAGUUUUGUGCCGUCGAAAACCAAUCGGAAGUAACUGUUUCCACGAAAAGCAAAUAUUGCAUCGUUCUCUAAAUAAACAAAUCUACUUAACCAUAUAACCAGAGUAUGUUGUUGGCGAAGUUAAUAGACAUACAUAACAACGACGUCUUACUCGUUCUUGAAUAUUGUCGGUGGGAUUUGCGGCGCAGACGAACGCACUUGCUAAGUAACUUCCAAUGGCUAAUUUCUACCCUUACUCAGCUUUCGUCACACUGCUCACGCUGUGUAACAAGGAUAUAAAACAUCGCACGAAGUCCUAAAAAACUCUCCGGACUUGAGCCAGAAUUGAUUUUAGCAAGAUUGCGUGUUUUUAAAAGCCAACGAGUUUAUUGGAGAUGACUACCCGUACCGUCUCAUCGUGUCACUUAGGCAUAACCUGACACGAUGUCGAUAGUUUGGACUCCUGAUGGCCGAGAGCACUCGGAUUUCUUUUUUUCCGAGUACGCCUGUGUCACUAACUGAAUAAUACAUCAUUCUCAUUUAUUCACCAGGCUUAAAAAUAUUCCAUCACAUUUAUUCCAUUGCGCGUAUGCCACACAUGACAUUCCAAUCCUAGCAGUAUGCAGGAUGUUUGUCCCAUGAAGCACUCGGAUUUUUUUUUCCGAUUAUGCCUGUGUCACUUACUGAGAAAUACAUCAUGUUCACAAGUAUUAAUUUUUGCACCAUACAGGAAGUUGUUUCGGGUCACUCAGCAAGAGCUGUGAAAAGUAGCCGCACUGGAAUAGGAAUAUAUUUUUUCCAAUCCAUGAAGAUAUUUGACCUUUCAAAAUAGCUCGUCCCUAUGGGCUCUGGUAAAUAACAACUAAAAAAUGUACCACCAAGCAGGAACUGUCUCCAAUGAGUUUUGUAUCCUCUUCAUUCUGUUGUCCAAUGCGACUAUAAAAAAACACUAUGAGUUUUACGACUUGCAUGUUUUAUUGAUUGCGCUUGUCAAACAACACUACAGUCUGUCAUUGAUAGAGAAAAUAAAGUUUAAUUUAGACAAUAUUCGAUGAAAAAUACUAAGAAUUUUCCAAAGAGGGCACCGAAGAAUAAAUGAUGUGCACUGUCAUUUUUACGACAUUUAAAAAAGGAGGGAAGGGGGGGGGAAAGGAUUUAACAACCAUACUACUCUCUCUCCCCAACCACCCACAAAGUGCACAGUUUGCACAGUAUACUAGUGGAAACGUCACACCAACAUUUAUAUGUUUACGUUUAAUAGCACAAUUACGGUCGUUGCAUCACUCCAAUAUGGCCAUAAUAAAUAAUUCAUUGGAGACAGUUUCUGUUUGGUAGAACAUCAAGUAGUUGGUUGCUUACCUGAGCCCACAGGGACGAGCUGUUUUGAAAGCUCAAAUAUCUUCAUGGAUUGGAAUAAAUUUAUUCCUUUUUCCAGUGCGGGUGCCUUCCUCAGCUCCUUGCAGUGACCAGAAACAACUUCCGGGAUGGUGCAAAGAUUACCCGUCCUUCGCCAACCUAAACCUAACUUGGCACGAUGAACCGGACAGAUAGUCAUAUCCGAUAAAUUCGCCGGCUUUUGAAAACAUCCACAUCUCGCCAAAAUUAAUUCUACCUCCGUUUCAAUUCCGGAAAAUUUCAACGACUUUUUGUGAAUUUUGAUAUCCCUGUUACACCGCGUGAGAGGCGUGACGGAAGUUGAAGAACUUGUGCGUUCGUCUGCGCCGCAAAUCCCACCCACAAUAUUCAAGAACGAGCAAGACAUCGCUGUUCUAUGAAGUUCCCCGACAAUAAACUCUGGUUUUAGAUGCAAUGUUUCACAGAUAAAGAUAAUUCGAUUUAUUUAUUUAAAGAACGAUGCAAUUUUCGUGAGAACAGGUACUUCUGAUUGGCUAUCGACGGCAUAAAGCUUCUUAUUCUUAAUAAAAUCAAUUCUUAUCGUUUCAGUUUGAAUUGCUAUUAUGAUAUUUUCUUUUAUUUUUACUUCAGCAAGUUAACUGGGGAACCUGGCACAUCGUUGAGUAAGAUAUUUUAAAAUAAGACUUGUUGUAAAUUAACAGAUGUUAAUAUCUGUUUGUUACUGUACUAAUUGUAGCGAAGUCGCUCGUGCGUGACACAGAUUAGGGAGCGAGCCUGUGAGAUUUAAUUUCAGCUCGUGGUAAUUUUGGUGUUUCAUAGUUUGUUUUACCUGUGUAGACAAUAUUUAACAUCAAUAUAUAUUUUUAAAAGGUUCAAACCGCUAAGAAAGUAAAACCCUCAUGUUUUAUGUACAAACUUUGGCCGAGGAGUUAAUUUAUUCAAUAGUGCAUUGUUAUGUAGAGUUGUAGAUUUCAAAGGCGCUCAAUUGGAAUUUUAUCGAAUUUUGAUCGGCGUUCGUGCAAAAGUGCUACUAGAUCCUAAAGAUUUAAAACCGUAGACCUAAAAAUCAAUGACUGAGCUGUCUUUGGUUAUAAUAUCAGAGGAUUUGAAGAACUACCGGUCAGCUUUUUUCGUCGCUGAGUUUGGAUUAUUUUACACCUUCGCGUAAAUGAGAAAAGUGUGUCUUCUUAAUCGGGUCUCAGUUCGCUCACAAAUAAGCAGAGAUAAAAAUGAUUCCCAUGGUUUGACUAAGGAAGAAUCAAUGUAUUCAAUUAUACUUAAGAAAGAUUCACAGCUAUGUAAACGUCUGUGUAGCGAGAAGCUGAAAAGUGUAAAAUUUCGAGUUUCCGCCAGGUGAAAUCCGAGCUUCCGGUAGGGUGACCGUUUUUCGUGGUUUUCUGCCGUUAUAUGGAAUAUUUCAAAAAACUAACCUCAUAUCCUUCAUAUCCUAUCAUACUUUGUCAGUUUGAAGGCCUAGGUAAGUAACCCCAAGCACGGUGGAUAGAAAAGAAUAACCUAAGAAUUAAUCGUCCUUCACUGAAGCUUAUAGUGAUUCCUUUAAAGUAUUUUUAAAGCUAAAAUAUCGAUGUGAAAAUAUUUAUACACAUAUAUGGUGACGAAAUUUAAGAUAAGAUUACUAGGUGAUUUCAAUUAAGAGUUUAAGCAAUUUGGAAUUGCGUGGGUUUUGCAUCGCAGCACGCUGUUAUUUGCCCACGAAACUUGCAUCUCCUUAUCAAUCAGGCACGAAAUUUGCUUGUGAUGAAUUUUAAAAAAAUCUUAAUGGCGCUUUACACAUUUUCCUUUUUUCAAAGUUUGGAGAUGUUAUCAUGACAACUUUGGUUAUAAGUUUAAUGGUACUUUAUAGCGGAACGUGCUUUAUUUUAUAUUUGCUACUAAUUAGAACCCUUGUGAUAGCGGCCCAUGUUUGAAUGGAGGCACCUGCCAAGCUGGUUUCACAAGUAAAGGUUUUCGGUGUAUCUGUCCAGAAGAAUUCAGCGGAGGAGAAGUUUGCCAAGGUAUUGUAAAGGUGAUGAUAUGGUCAAAAAAUUGCUACAUAAACUCUUUGAAACCUAAUGAAUAAAUGGAGUAGGUUUUAUAGAGACUGUUGUGCUGCGUCGGAUUGAUAGUAUAACAGGGUAAUAAAGUAUUUUCACCUGAGUCGAUAACGUAAAAAUUGGCCACCGUAAAGAGUUUUAAAGCUGAAUUUCGUGCGUUAGCUCUGCGUUAAAGCGAAACCUAAGUCAUUUCUUAUAUUUUCCAUUUAAUUAUCUUAUCUUAAGUAAGGUGUGUCUCCUUUCCUGCCUAAGUUUUUUUAUUCUGGUUAUCUUUUUCAUGACCUUUUUUUUUAACUACAAUUCUUUCGUAUCGAUAUCGUUUGGAAAACACUUCUGUGUCUUAAUUUACCAAUUAUAAUUUCUUUCAUUACUCUCAUCAGUUAAGAUACUGUUCUAAUCCAGUAAAUACCUUGUUGUUUGCUGCAUAAUAUACGUCAUUAUUUUAUUUUAUUUUUUUUAAUUUUUAAAAUUUUUUCAUUAUUCUAGCUUUCAGAAAUUGCGCUGACAUCUUUAAAUCAGGCCAAAAAAGAGACGGUGUGUACGUCAUCAAACCUGACGACCGAUCAGCUUUUGAUGUCUUCUGCGACCAAACAACAGCUGGCGGAGGAUGGACGGUAUUCCAGAAAAGAAUCGACGGUUCCGUUGACUUCAACCUCAACUGGAGCAACUAUAAGCAUGGCUUCGGAAAUCUCAAUGGCGAAUUUUGGCUUGGCUUAGAAAGGAUUCAUCGCCUGACUUCAGAUAAUAACAGCAUGCUACGAGUAGACAUGGAGGACUUCGAAGGGGAAAGUGCUUAUGCCGAAUACAGCUUGUUUGGUGUCAGGAGUGAACAUGACAAA